ACCGGAAAUACAUUUGCGUUCUGUCACGGAUACAUCGAUCACGUGAUUUUGUGACGGUUUCAGCUCGUUUCAUUUCAGAGACACUUCACGUGAUGUUAUAUCAUCAUCAGAUCGAUACCUCGCCAUGGUUUCAUACACUUACAGUUGCAAAGAAAACCAACGUUGGUAAACAGCUUGUAAAGAAAUGGUUGACUUUGAGAGCUUAAUACUAGCGCGUUCAAAAGUUAUUCACAAUAUUUUAGGCAGUGAAGGUUCUGAUAGUGGGAUCAUGAGCGACUGUGACACCGAAUCUGUCGAAGAAGAAGAAGACCACUGCAGGACACUGGAGGACGUUAUGAGGUACUAGACAGUGACCAGACGGUGUAUUUGUGACUUCUUGAGCAAUCUGACUAAGACAAGGUGUACCAUGAUGUACAUUCAGCUUAGCGAUGGCAAAGAACCGACAAAAUUGCAAUUAAUAUUCAUUUUCGACUUAAGCCUAUCUAUUAAGAAGCUUUGCAUCGAUCUUCCAGGGAUCUUACAGUACUUAUUCUUGAUACAAUGCACGUAACCUUGCGUUUUUUGACCGUUGUUGCUGACAAACACAAAGGCUUCAUUCUAGGUCUUGUUUCAUUCGUUUCUUUCAAGAUCUUUAGUCUGGCGCAAAGGAAUCCGGUACAUGUACAACACUCUUCGUAACCUUUGUACGUGACCCUUGAUUGCUAGUUGCUAAAACUUCUCAGAUUUUUUCAGCAAUAAUCGUUAGUAGUACCAUACUCGUAAAGCUAAGUCAACUUUCUCUGAGGUGGAACCUGGAAAAGGUGUUCAUUUUUUAUGUUUGCUUUUACGCUGUGGCUAUAUGGCCGGUAACCGGUCAAGGUUUUCAAAACACUAAAUGGUCAGCAGUCCUAUGAUUCUAGCUAAUCUUAACUAUCAUAUGUCGAUUAAGACAGGUCAAGCGAUCCUGAAAUGCUCUAUAGAUCUCAAGUCUAGUGUUUGGUUUAUGCUGGGCUCAGAAGACAAAACCGUGUUUUGUGACGCUUAAGCUCGACCGCCGGUCAAGGUUUUCAAAACACUAAAUGGCCGGCAGUCCCAUAUUCUCAGUAAAUUUCACGAAUCAAAAAAAUUCAGCCGUUCUGUGUGGGUGGAUCUUGCAACGUCUUAAGCUACAGUAAAACAGGCAACAAAAACAGGGUUGUCAGAAAGUUUUGUCGUACACGCUGAGUUGUCAACGUAAGUGGCCAGUCCAGGGAUAAUUUAUUUAAAAAACGCCAUCCAUAAAGAAAUGCCAAGCAGAGUAACUGGCUUAUACUAACCAAGUAGGUGGCAUUUUUCGCCAUUAGCCAGCUACUUUUGACAACCCUGCAAAAAUGUGCAAGUUAUUUUGUGACAUUCCUGCAAAAUGAGUUGAAAAACUGUGUUGCACAUUAUUUUUACCACCCAGUUUAAAACCUGUCUUGCAACAAACCAGGUUGUUGCAAGUUGCUUGAAUACUGACCUCUUAUUUGUUAAAAACAGGAGUCACACCAUACACAGGAUUUAUGUCACUUGCUACAAUUCAAGUUUGCCUUGGGCUGGAAAACUGUGUAACAUGUACAGAUUUUGUUGCAAAAAGGAGGUCUACUUCCUGCAACACCUUUUUGCAACCUGCAACAGCCUGAUUUGUUGCAAGGCAGGUUUGAUUGUGGGUGGUAAAAUGCGCAGUAUUGCUGUUCAACUCGUUUUGCAGCAUUAUGUCGCAAAACAACUCGCACAUUUUUGUUGCCGAUUUUACCGUAGCUUUAGAAGUUUGAAUUUAUGCAUCGAGAAGCUGAGGAAGAAUGAUUUCAUUUGGUUAUGACACUAAUCUUCGCACGUGCUGCAGGGAAGUUUUUCGUAGAUUUCAUGAGAAAUAAUUGCGUUAUGAAAGUUUCCUCAUAAGUUAAAACUUGAGCAAUGUUGAUCUGUUGAUGAACUACUUCAGGGCAUUGAACAGGUCCAUAAAAAAGUUCUGAUUCUUCAGGGCUUUGUGGUGGAUAGAUCAUGCAAUUCAUUGCGCCUUUCAUUUUUUGCAAAGUCUGAUAUUUCAAAUCAAACUGUUUGCUGAUUAGGUCCUUUCCCUUUUUUAUCUUUUAAGAGUUUUUAUAACUUUCUCCUGAAAUUAAGAUAACAACAUCAAUCCGUGAAGUAUAAGGAAAGAACAGACUUUGGUCACGUGGAAAUUCAUGCAUACUGCUUUGAGCAUGCACUAUGAUUUAAACAAAAUUUACUUCCCAUGUUAAACUUGAUAAUGUUGUAUAAAGUAAAGAAUUGGUUCAUACUUAAGGGUUGUGUAAUCAUGUUUUGUUAGAGAAAGUUGUUGUUACUCUGUUGAAUUUGUCGUUUGACUCGGCCGCCAUUUUGAGAAUUUAUUUCCAGGAUGUGUGCUUACAAUGUACAUCAUCUUUCACAUUCCUGGCAGGCAAUCACAUGCCCAAGUGAAACUUACUGAAAUAAAAUGGCAUCCAGUGAUGGAAAUGAAUGUGAAAAAAUAUAAUAGAGCAGUGUUCACAGGGCAUAGUUACAAUCUGCUGCAAGACCAUGUCUGUUAAACUUGGUCAAAUUUACAGUUAUUAUAGAGGGAUGUUUGUGAGGAAAACAAGUGUGCAAUUUACAACUUGGAGGCGACCUACAUGUAAAGAAUUGCCACACAGAGGCAGCUUAAGGUUGACAGAAAAGACAACCUUGUGAUACACCUGCCACUUUUUUUUAAUUCAAAGGCACAAGACCCUUUGUCCUGAGGUUUUGUUUAGGACCUACUUUUAUGCAAAGGUGUGCAAAGAUUUCCUUGGGUGUUACGACAUUUUUACAAAAUAAUACAGCUAAAGCAAGUUGGCAGGUAUACCUUGCAUUAUAUUAUUAGAGGAGCCAUAUCAAUUUUGACAGAAACUAAAAAAAUUGCUUCCUUUGCAGGAAUUUUAUUUUGAAAAGUGUUGAAAACGUACCUGCUCAUAAUUUAGCAAACUUGCAAUGAUUAUGUACAGUAUACUGACAGUAUUAUAAUCAUACUUGCACAUUGUAAAAUAACAUUAAAAGAAUUCCUGUGACAUUGCUCCUUACAAAUAUGUACACUUAAUUGUAGUCAUUUUAAAACUGAGAGAAGUUGAACUAAAUCUUUUUUCUUUAGGGACAUCAUGGUAAAACAGAAUGAAGUCCACUGGAGCAGACAUCCCAGUGGUUUACCUUGUGAAAGAAUAGUAUCACCUGGGAAAAGAUACUAUGUACAAGCAACAGGACCUGAUGAAGGAAUUAAAAACAUCACAUUAGAACCUCUGUCACCUGGUAAAAAAUCAGAUAAAAAUCAGAAAAACAAAACCUUUAAGGGUUGUGAACCAUUUGGUGGAUGGACUGAGCGCCACUAUAGGGCUUAUGGCAUUGGAACUUCUUUGUAUGACUGUGAUCCAGUCACCAAUCAUACGUCUGGGGAUCCAGUGGCUGAUGUCUAUGCAGUGGUUGCUGGAGAAAACAGUUGCAUUUUAGCAUUAGCUGAUGGUGUGAACUGGGGAGAAAAGUCAAGACUUGCGGCACGCUGUGCUAUAGCAGGCUGUCUACAGUACCUAAGUAUUCACCUGUCCAAAGCAAGCACAACCCAAGACAUCAUGAGGUCUCUUUUUAAAGCAUUUGAACAUGCACAGCAGUGUAUUUUGGAAAAAAAUGCAACAAUGACUACAUUAUGUGUAGCUGUGGUCUGUCAGCUUGAGGCUAGCAACAGAUGGGGUCUGUGUGUUGUCAAUGUUGGAGACACCCUUGCAUUUACCUACAAAAAGAGUAAAGGAGUUCAAGAAGUGACUAUUGGCUCUCAUUUUGAAACUGUGGAAAGAGAUAUGCGUUGCCCAGGAGGAUCUCUUGGACCAGUAGAUGGAUACAACCCAGAUUUGAGUAAUUUGACAUUCUCAUUGACAUUUCUUGAUCAAGGGGACAUCGUUUUCCUCACAAGUGAUGGUGUCUCAGACAAUUUUGAUCCUGUAAUUGCAAAAUGCAAACACUGUGUGAGUCCUACAAUGAAACGAGCCAGCAGUCUAGAUUCAAUGCUAGAGGUCAUUUCGAACAGCGAAAAAGGAGAAGACAUUGAAGGCAUGACCUCUGUGAACUUCAGUAGUAAAAGUGAUGAUGAUAUUCAUUGUGCUCAAAUGUUUGAUGUUCCUGUUGUAAGACAUAAGAAGAUGCUGGAUACCAUGACUGAGGUACACUUGAUGAUAAUUAAUAAUUUGUGAUAUUUAAAAAAACUAUUUAUUCAAAUUCAUCCUCACACUCAUGAGCCUAUUUAUCUAAGGGUUAUGGCCAGUAAAUCUAAAGGGCUGUAUAUUUUAUACUUUGAAAAAAAAGCAGACAUUGUAUAAAGAUUUGAUUUAUUUGUAAAUUUUUACUACCACAACUGGUUUUCAGUUCAUGUUGGUGAUAUACAAAGUUGAAAUAUACAGUAAGUGUACAGUGUGGCCGUAGCUUUACAUGUAUGUACUUGGCUGUAUCUAUUAUAUGCCCAGGGUGCAAAGAAAAACAUUUUUACAGCUUGCCAUUUGGGCAAGAUGAAGCUAGCAUUUACCAGCCCAGACGUCAUUUCAACUAGCCCCAAAAACGUUUUGUUCUUUUGUUAUUCAAACUCCUCAUAAAACAUCACUUGCCCGUUGGGCAAGUUAAAAACAGAAUUCACUAGCCCUGAUAGCAAAAUCCACUAGCCCCGGGCUAUCGGACACUACUUUCUUUGCACGCUGUAUGCCUGAAACUUUUGAGUCCACUUUCCCUUAAAACAAAAGGCAGUAAGAAAUCAACGCAAUGGCUUGUCCACUGAAAUGCACAUAUAUGAUUACACAUGCUCUGAAACCUGUGUCUACUUUCUCUGUUGACAGUUUGUGGUGUGCAGCUCCAAGAUAUAACCAUUAUGCGUGAUAUUCUUCCAUGUAUGCACAUGACUAUACACUGUCUGGAGAUCAGAUAUGUUGAUUAGUGGGGCCUCAUAAGGGCCCAUGUUCAUCCUUGAUGCUUUUUGAUCUUUUGCUAUUGUUUUGAAAUGCUCCUAAAUUAGGGCUCGAAAAAAAAUUCCCGUAGGAUAGUCCAGGAUAAGUAAAUUUUGUUGCUGGGCAAGUAACUUUUAAAGCUUACUUGCUCAAUGGGCUACUGUCAGUCCAGGCAAGUCAUCGUCCAAUAAAAUUAUUAACUAAGACCAGCAAGAAGUCGCCCUGAGCAAGCAAAUUGUGCGAGCUGCUUGCCCAAGGGCCAAGCUGGAAUUCAAGUUUCUUUUGAGCCCUGCCCUAAAUAGGUCAUUUCUGAGUUCCAAAUCUCUCACUUUCGAAAUGAGGCUAAGUGCAAAACCUUUGUUGUGAAAAUGAGUUUCAUUUGCAUAAGAAAAAAAAUCAUUUUCAUAUCAAUGGUUGGCACUUUGCCCGGCUUUGAAACAGUGGCAUGAGGCAACUCGGAAAUGGUCUAUUGUCCUUUCCAGCAAUCUGAUGUCUCCCAUGAAAAUGCUAUAAAAUGCUUUGCUAAUAUAUAUUUUGUCCCUUUGUUCAUUCUGUUUAGGUUAUUCAAAAAGAAGGUCCUGAAGAUCGCAUUUCAGCACAGGACGUCUGUGCCAAGCUUUUGUCUCAUGUGAUCAAGUGCACUGAAAAAAAGCGCACUUUCCUAGAGGAAGUUGAUCGUGAUGAUCACAACCUGACCAUUUCAAAUAAGGAAUUUCUGAGAACAAGGAAAAGGGAAAUUUCAAGGCACAUGCGUGAGCUUCCGGGAAAGUUAGAUCAUGCUGCUGUUGUUGCAUUUGAAGUAGGCUACUUUCCUGCGGACUUCUUCAAAACGGAAUCAGGAGGGCACGCUAACAGUACACACAGACACAGCAUUGUUAAUACUAUUUUGUCUGGAAUAAAGAACAGUAUUGACAGCGGCAGGAGAGCAUCAGUUGGUGAUGAAGAAAUGUUGGAUGAAUAUCCAUUGACAAGUGAGGACAGAAUGGGCUCUUAUACUGAGUUAUAUUCAUUGUUUGGUAAUUGAUGGCUGUUUAAUUCAUUGACUAUGACUUAUAGGUGCGGUUACACACACCACGGUAAAAGGCAUUUCCCACGUUAACGAAGCCGUCGUAAAUUUUAACGUGGGUUUAGUUUACCGUGGUAACAUGUGGUUACACAUGAAUUAAUUCCCAAGUUAAUUUAGGCGCUUUUUCGGCUUCAUUCACGCCACUGCGAUAAUAAUCGCCGUCGAUCAUGGCAGUAUUUCAUGUUAUGUUGAAAAUUUCCGGGGAGUUUAGCUGAAAUUUCAACUAGUAUGUUAGUCCUGAUAAUUUAGCUAAGGUACAUAGGAUUUUUUUAAAUCUUGACCUAAGAUUACAUUUUACAGCUAAGCUGUAUCCCAUUGAUUUAUCACAUGCCAGGAAUAGAACACAUUUUUUUGGGAAAUAUCGUUGCUAAAUCUGGCCCAACAAAGCAGUUCAAUCGAUCUUUAAUUUCUCUCAGCCGUCUAAAAAAGGAAAUUUUUUGGCGGUUUCAUGUUGUUGUCAAAUGAAGAAACCUGAUUGGCUCUCUUGCCUUGGGUAUCGAAAAACUCUAGCUAUUCACCACGUUUAAUGUCAUGGGCGGUUUCUUUCUUCUUUUUGACGUAACCAUGGAUAUUUAUGUCGGGAGAAGUCCGGAAACAAGCACCAAUUUACCGCGGUAAAAGGGUCAUUUACCACGGUUAAAGUGUCCCGUGUAACCGCACCUUAUGUCACAGACUUGAAAUUGAAACCGCGAUGAAAAUUUUGUACUGUUCGUGCAUUAAUUUUGCCAGGUAUUUUUUUUAAUUAAGUGCUAGGCCCCUAACAAAUGCCCGGUCUAAACUAGGCAGUUGAAAAUACGGAAGCUCCCUCAGGCAUCAAUUUGAUUACUAUUGACUUGAGGUCUAAAGGGAAAAUAUAUGACUACUAAGAGAAAGGGACAUACACCCUUCCUUGCCAAAAAAUAUUGAGGGCACAAAGUCUGACUCGUCCUCAGUCGUCUUUUGUCAAUCUCCUAUUAAUAUUAGGGAGCUUAAUCAACGAAGACGGCGGCGACAACCAGAACGGCAAAAAGGCAAUAGGUCUGGAUGAUCAAAACAACAACUUUCCAUCACCCUUUUUUAUACAUUUCUUUGCCGUCACUAAACGACUAAGACGUGAAAAUGCCUAGUCUCACGUUUUGAAGAGGACGUGAACAGAAGACAACUACUUCCUUUUUUCUUUUCCUGUCUUUUGACACAGUCCUUUGGAAUUCAACUCCAGUUUGAGGCAGCGUGAAUUCACUUUUUAAGUGACUUUUUCGCAGAGUUGUAGUUGUUUAAGCUCCCUGAUAACAACAGAAGCGCGGUCUGUGGGAGCGCGAGUGAUAACGCCUGUUGCAUUCGGUUCUCUGCGUGCAAUCCAAAUAGCUUAGGGCCGAGUCAGCAGUAGACUGCUGAUUCAAUCAAAUGCCGGGUGCGUAAGGCCAAGUUUACAAAUGCGGAAGGCUUUGAAUUAUGAUAAUGUAGUUAUGUUGCAGCCUUGUGUCUUAAUUUUCUAAUGCAAUUUGAGCCGAUGAUAAAGCCCAUUUUCAUUAAGCUAGUGAAAUUUGGUGGCAGCCGCUUGUUAGCUACAUCCCUGAAAUUACUGGGGUAUUGAAAGUAAUACUGCAGCAAAUCUGUAAGAGGAAAAAAAAAAAGGCAGUUUUGUCCCCAUUUUGCUGAUGUGUAGGAACAGGUUUUUGUACAUUUGAAAUGAACUUUGCCUGUAUAAUUAUUCUUUAUCUUAACCAUAAACAUGAAACUGUUAUACAGUUUGUAGAUGUGACUGUUUAAGAAUCCAAACUAAAACGUCUUGGAUAAAUAAUAAUAGUAGUUAUAAUACAAGUUGUCUCGAAGGCAAAUUUUACGAAAUAAAAGUGAAGUGAUGUUAAAAUUAAAUAUUUCAAAAAUGUAGGUGACUUGAACUGUACAUAGAGCAAAAUAACUUGAACGAUAGUGUGUAACAUUCAUGAUCAUCAUCAUUAUGGUCGUCGUCGUCGUCAUCAACGUAAUAAUGAAAAAUUCUGUUCAGAUGUAGAAUAUUGUUAGAAAUAGUAAAUCAGUCCGAAAAUGGUCAGCAUUACCGUGUAUUACCUUCCAUUUUUAGCUCAAAACUUGAAUUUUUCUUAUUCGCAGUACGGUUUCUGGGGCAUUUUUGCAGGUAUUUAGUCACAGACAAAGAUUAUUUCUGGCAUGAAAACGAUGAUUGCGAUUUUCGACAGUAUGUACUUCAUGUAAGACUUCAUUUAAUGUCCUUAGUCAUUCCUAUUAGGGGCUGGGUUAAUUUGUCGGGGUGGUGGGUGAAAUUUUUGGGGGGUAGUGAAGAAAAGAGAGUCCCUAGAUUUUAGAUCUCCAGAGAUUAGCAUCUCUGUCAGAUUAUGUCGAAGUCCCGCGGGGUACUCCCCUAUAAAAGUGACGGGGGUGCUCGUCGUACCUUUUAGGGGUUUCCAUUUGUGCAUUGGUACCGCUUAGGGUGCUAAAACCGAAAGUGAUUGCUGCCAGAGUUGUCUCGGUAAGAUUUAUGACAAUACUUUCAAAAAGUUCUUGGGAAAAAAGUGUUCAAAAGUUAUGUUUUCUACUAUAAAAUUCGCAGUGCCAGAUAAUGAAUUUGGGACACGCCCAUAAACCAAGAUUCUGGUACCUUUUAGGGGUGUUGUCGAAAUUUUCCAACGAGCACCCCCGUCCCUUUUAUAGGAGAGUACCGCUCCCCCCCGGGGGGUCGACGUCUACGUACCGUCUUAUUACAACAGCGGACGGAGUCGGACAGAUUUUAAGAUAAGCUUACAGUACUCGUCUAGGUUUCACAUUAUUUCAAAAGAAAGCAUUUGAUGUAAGAGAAUGAGAGUAUUAAAUUAUUCUUUGCAAGAAACAUUGGGGUGUUCGAACUGAUUCCGGACAGAUCGCAGAGGUCGUGGCUUCACUGAGUCUUCACUGGCAUGGCUCGUAUUAAUGCGAAAGAAAGUAAUAACACGGCUCUGCCAUGUCAGCGUGAAACCCGGCCCGGGAGAGGAACACGUACAUGUUUUGGACCUCGGAAUUAAAAAAUUGUCUAUUAAAAUUCUAGGAUGUCUACCAUCCCCACAUUCAACAUGAUAAAAGUUAAUCGAUAUGACAAUCGUGGAAAAAUAUCUAGCACUUCGUAAAAAAUCUGUGAAUCGAAAAAAUAAUAGACUUGUUCACCUACCUUGAAAACCAACCAAAAUC